AGACUUUUCUCGUCCACAGCUCACACUCCUUUCACUGACGUGUGGGCCCGGGUCCACAUGUCAGUGGGCCAAUGGCACGGCAGAGGAGCCGCGUCUGUCUAAUCCACCACCGCCGCCGUCAACCUCCAGCUCCGGCCGGCCUUUCUCCUCCUUCCCCAUAUCGGCCUAGCAUCCUCUCCGUCCUCUCCAGGCCGUCUCCACCGUCAGCCUUGGGAACCAGAUCCAAGCCCCCUCGGUCGUGACGACUGCGCGGGCGAGAGGAUCCCUGUGCAGCUCGCCGAGAUAUGCAUGAGAGGGAGCGAGCCGGAGGAAGUGUGCUGCUCACCUGGGGCGGCGGCCACUGCUGCGCUCUCGCCGGCGCAGACCCUGCAGCACAGGGUAAGUCUCUCGUAUUGCCCUACUGUUAGCUAAAGGACUGGUACUGUUGUUUGUGUGUCCAUUACUAGUUCUUCUAAUUACAAUUUCCCUGUGUGAGUUACGAAUUGCGUAUCUUCUUUAGUCACUGCAAAUUCAAUGUUUAUUCCCUGCACCGAAGUAGUCUGAAGAACAAACAUUACAUUUCUCUGCCACAAGAGCCACUCAAAUAUUUGUAAUUUCUCUUGGAGAGAUACAUGUCUUCUCUAGCUGUGGAUUUGACAUAUGUUGGUCUUCUAUCUGGCUCUGUACCCACAAGUAAAGAAGAAGCUGCUUAAGUUAGCUACUAUUUGGAUGCCCAAAAUUGCUUCAGGACAGGAGGCAAGGAGCGCUGGCAAGCCAAAGAAGGUGUUGAAGCAAACAGAAGCAUAUGUAAGAUGCUCUCCAUGGCAGCAGGUGCCGUCGUCUUCUUCGCCGUUGCCCUGUCGGCUGCUACCAGCGGCGACACUGCGGUCGUCGAGCACACGUUCAUUGUAAGCCAGGUGCGUAUGCGGCAUCUGUGCAACGACACGCUGGUGACGGUGGUGAACGGGCAGUUCCCCGGCCCGGCGUUGGAGGCCACGGAAGGGGACACCGUCGUCGUCCACCUCGUCAACCAGUCACCCUACGGAAUCACAAUCCACUGGCACGGCGUGAAGCAGCGGCUGACGUGCUGGGCGGACGGAGCCGGGAUGAUAACGCAGUGCCCGAUCCAGCCCAACACGACCUUCACCUACCGGUUCGAUGUGUCCGGCCAGGAGGGCACCCUCUGGUGGCACUCCCACGUCUCGGCGCUCCGGGCCACCCUGCACGGCAUCAUCGUCAUCCGCCCCAGGUCCGGCACCUACCCAUUUCCCAAGCCCGACGUUGAGGUCCCGGUCAUCAUCGGUGAGUGGUGGCAGAGGGACCUCAUCAAGGUGGACAAGAACUUCUCCAUCGGGGGAUCGUUCGACGACAACCCCGCCGCCGCCACCAUCAACGGGAAGCUCGGAGACCUCUACAACUGCUCCGGGGUAGCAGAGGACAACUUCGUCCUGGACGUGGAGCCCGGCAAGACGUACCUGCUGCGGCUGGUGAACGCGGCGCUCUUCUCUGAGUACUACUUCAAGGUGGCCGGGCACAAGCUCACGGUGGUCGGCGCCGACGCCAGCUACCUGAGACCGUUCACCACGGAAGUCGUCGCAGUCGCGGCGGGUGAGACCAUCGACGUGCUCAUGGUCGCCGACGCCCCACCUUGCAGGUACUACAUGGCUGCCCUGGCCAACCAGCCGCCGGUGCCUGACCCGCAGAUCCCGGUGUUCAUCUCCAGAGGGGUUGUGCAGUACAACAACAUCCCCAGCGAUGCGCAAAACUGCACAGAGAAAUCGCCUCUCAUGCCUGAGAUGCCUGACCAGCACGACACCAUCACGACCUUCUACUUCCAUGGCAACCUCACCGGCCUGCAGCAGCCUGGUGGUGGUCACCCACUGCUACCGCAGGUCCGGGGUCGCGUGGACGAGCGUCUCUUCCUCACGCUGGGCAAGGGCUCCAUGUGCACGCACAACAAAACAUCUUGCAAGCGAGGAGGAAGCAACGAGUCCUUUGAGGUGGCCUACAUAAACAACGUGUCCUUCCACCUCCCGGAGACCACGGCGGUGCUUGAAGCACGAUACUACGGCAGUGGCGUGGCGGUGGAGCAGCUGCCCAGCAUGCCGCCGAGGGCGUUCAACUUCACCGACACGGCGUUGAUACCGGUCGUGCCCGGCAGGGAGAUGGAGGCGCUCGAGCCCACGCGCAAGGCCACCACGACGCGCCGGUUCGCGCACAACGCCCCCGUGGAGGUGGUGUUCCAGAGCACGGCCACCAUGCAGAGCGACUCCAACCCGAUGCACCUCCACGGCCACGACUUCUUCGUGCUCGCGCAGGGUCAUGGCAACUACGACGCCGGCAGGGACGUCAGGAGCUACAACCUGGUGGACCCGCCCAUGAAGAACACCGUGCAGGUGCCGAGGCUCGGGUGGGCCGCCAUCCGCUUCGUCGCCGACAACCCCGGGGCGUGGUUCCUGCACUGCCACUUCGAGUUCCACAUGGCCAUGGGCAUGGCGGCGGUGUUCGAGGUGGACAACGGGCCCACGCUUGAGACCACUCUCCCGCCCCCACCUUCGGAUCUGCCAAAGUGCACGAGAUAGAUGUGCUGAGCAGCGUACCUAAUAUGACACCAAAUAAUGUGGAUGACUCUUCCCCACCUUAAUUUUAGUAGAGUAUUGUGUACUGAGUACUGACAUUGUUUAGUAUAUUCAUCAUAUCAAUAAGAAACCAAUUUGCA